AUGAAGUUUAUUAGUAAAAUCACCAAGUCAUUUUAUCAAUCUUCCCGAACUAGAAACAUUGGAUUUCUUAACAACGGUUUAAAUUUUAACAGAAGUUUCGCCACAACUAAAGUAUCUCCUGCUGAGAUCUCAAAGUUGCUCCAAAGCCGUAUAUCAGGCUGGGACACCCAGAAGGACGUCAAAGACGUUGGCCAUGUAAUCAACGUCGGUGACGGUAUUGCACGCAUCUAUGGUUUGAAGGAGGUGAAAGCCGGCGAACUGGUGAUGUUCUCGUCCGGUGUGGCAGGAAUGGCACUUAACCUGGAAACAGACAACAUCGGUGUAGUUAUAUUCGGUGAUGAUAGGUCGAUUUUGGAAGGUGAUACGGUGAGCAGAACGAACAGGAUCUUGGACGUACCAGUGGGUCCGGAGUUGCUGGGAAGAGUGGUUGACGCCUUGGGGCGUCCAAUAGACGGAAAGGGGGACGUAAACACGAAGGAGACGAGUCGUGUGGAGGUGCCGGCACCAGGCAUCAUAGACAGAAGGAGCGUGCACGAGCCCAUGACCACAGGAAUGAAGUGCGUAGACUCACUCGUGCCGAUCGGACGUGGCCAGAGAGAGCUGAUCAUCGGCGACAGGCAAACGGGAAAGACUGCACUAGCAGUGGACACCAUUUUGAACCAGAAGCUAAUGAACGAAGGCUCCGAUGACUCUAAAAAGUUGUACUGUAUAUAUGUUGCAGUUGGACAGAAAAGAUCCACAGUGGCAAGGAUUCUGAAAACGCUGGAGGACAACGACGCGCUCAAGUAUACCGUGGUUGUGGCUGCGACGGCCUCAGACCCGGCACCGUUGCAGUUUCUGGCGCCGUUUACAGGGUGCAGCAUGGGAGAGUGGUUCAGAAACAAUAAGAAGCACUGCGUAAUUAUCUACGACGACCUGUCGAAGCAGGCGACAGCCUACAGGCAAAUGUCGCUGCUGUUGAGGAGGCCCCCAGGACGUGAAGCAUAUCCAGGUGACAUCUUCUAUCUGCACUCGCGUCUGCUCGAAAGAGCGGCGAAGAUGAGUGACGCUAACGGAUCGGGAUCACUGACGGCACUGCCCAUAAUUGAGACGCAGGCGGGAGACGUGUCGGCCUACAUCCCGACGAACGUCAUUUCAAUCACAGACGGGCAGAUAUUCCUGGAGUCUGAGUUGUUCUACAAGGGAAUCAGGCCAGCAAUCAACGUGGGCCUGUCAGUGUCGAGAGUGGGCUCGGCGGCGCAGUCGAAGGCGAUGAAGCAGGUCUCGGGCACCAUGAAGCUGGACCUGGCGCAGUUCAGAGAAAUACAGGCAUUCUCGCAGUUCGGCUCGGACCUCGACGCGAGCACGCAGCAGCUGCUGACGAGGGGCACGCUGCUGACUGAGCUGCUGAAGCAGAAGCAGUACUCGCCGCUCUCAGUGCCGCUGCAGAUCUGCGUCAUCUACGGCGGCGUCAACGGGCUGCUGGACAAGCUGGACCCGAAGCUCGUGAACAGGUACGAGGAGGAAUUGCUGGAGCACCUGAGCAGCCAGCACUCGGACCUCCUGACCACCCUGGAAAAGGAAGGAGUGCUGACUCCGGAAACGGAAUCGAGGCUGAAGAGCACACUCGAGAACUUUAUAAACAAUUUUAACAAGUAA